UAUAAAGAAGGUCCAUCUUAGAGAGAGACGGGCAGUUCAGGACUGACAAUUCGAAGGAACGUGGAAUAUUCGCGUAACCAGAGAGAGCCGUAAAACCGCCGCCGCCUCGCAUUCUCCACCUGCCCGUCGGGGGAACUCAACAUGGCACCGGCGAUGAACUACUGGAUGUGCUUGGCUGCUCUGUCGUCCAGCCUGACCUGCGGCCACGCGCUGAGAAGAGUCUCCCUGAAGAAGAUGCCCUCCAUCAGAGAGACGCUGAGCGAGAUGGGAGUUUCCGCAGAGCAGGUCCUGACUGAGUUGGCCCAGAAGGGCGCGGACGACAGCAAGCACAACAACGGGACAGUUCCCACUCCUCUGACCAACUACUUGGACACUCAGUACUUUGGGGAAAUCAGCAUCGGCUCCCCGGCCCAGACGUUCAACGUGGUGUUUGACACCGGCUCAGCGAACCUGUGGGUGCCUUCGCAAAGCUGCUCGCCCUUCUCCACUGCCUGCUUUACUCACAACAGGUACGACGCCUCCAGGUCUCGCACUUACAUCGAGAACGGAACGGGCUUUUCCAUCCAGUACGCCUCUGGGAACGUCCGGGGGUUCCUGAGCGAGGACGUGGUCGUGGUCGGAGGUAUCCCGGUGGUGCAGGUGUUUGCCGAGGCGGCCUCUCUGUCGGCGAUGCCUUUCAUCUUCGCCAAAUUCGACGGCGUGAUGGGGAUGGGUUACCCCAACGUGGCCAUCGACGGCAUCACUCCGGUGUUCGACCGCAUCAUGUCUCAGCACGUCCUCAAGGAAGAGGUGUUCUCCGUCUACUACAGCAGGGACCCGAAACACUCCCCCGGCGGAGAGCUGGUCCUCGGCGGCACCGACCCAAACUACUACACCGGAAACUUUAAUUAUAUGGACACCAGACAGACGGGCAAGUGGGAAGUCACCAUGAAAGGAGUCUCUGUGGGGAUGGAGAUGCAUUUCUGCACCGAGGGCUGCACAGCCGUGAUCGACACCGGCUCCUCCUACAUCACAGGCCCCGCCUCCUCGGUGUCGGCGCUGAUGAAGACCAUCGGAGCACAGCUGGAUGAAAGCGGAUACAAAGUCAACUGUGACUCUGUCAAGUCGCUGCCCAGCGUCACCUUCCACCUGGGGGGCCAGGAGUACUCGCUCACCCACGAGGACUACAUCUUAUGGCAAUCGCAGGUCGAGGGGGACGUCUGCACCGUGACCUUCAGAGGCUUGGAUGUGCCGCCCCCUACAGGGCCCAUCUGGAUCCUGGGGGCCAACUUCAUCGCCCGCUACUACACAGAGUUCGACCGGCGCAAUAACCGGAUAGGGUUCGCCACGGCGGUCUGACGGCGAGGAACAUCCGCCGCGUUGCCGACAACGUGCCGUCGUCCUCUUCACGAGUACUCAAAACCGUCCAACGUGGGCGCCGCGUUAAACAUCAUCAUCAGCGAGCAGAUUCUCAACACCUUCUGUCCUUUUUUGCUUGUUACUGUUUCUAAGCAUUUAACGUGUGUGUGACUGCUAAUAUUUAACACAAAGCAACGUAGUUGUACUGACGUAACAAGAAUAAACUUGUUUACUGGGGUUUAAA